GCGCGCUUCGGGUGAAAGCUGAGGGUCUCCUGGCUGAGGGCGGCAGCAGCGGUUGUGCAGACCGAGCGGGGGGGUACCAGGAGCCAGCAGGUGACGAAAGUCUAGGCCGCCGAUGGCCAGAAACCCUCCCGAGGGCACAGGCCCCAUGCACGUGCCUUUUGGGCAUGUUGUGGCCAACGAGAAGUGGCGCGGGUCGCAGCUCGCGCAGGGGAUGCAAGGGAAAAUUAAAAUCGUGUUUGAGGAUGGCCUGGCACCGGUAGAUUUUUACCUGUCAAGCAGAUCUUGCAUUCUUUAUGUCACCGAAGCUGAUUUGGUGGCAGGAAAUGGCUACAGGAAGAGGCUUGUUCGGGUUAGAAAUUCUAGUAAUCUUCAAGGGAUUGUAAUAGUCGAGAAAACACAGAUGAGUGAACAAUACUUCCCGGCCAUACAGAAGUUUACAGUGCUGGACCUUGGGAUGGUGUUGCUUCCAGUGGCCAGCCCAAUGGAAGCGUCCAGCCUUAUCACCCAGUUGGUUCAAGAGCAAACCAAAGAGCCCAGUAAGAACCCUUUCCUCAGUAAGAAACGGGGUCAGAUCCCUGAGCUAUCCCUCCUUCGAACUGUGCAACAGAUCCCAGGAGUUGGAAAAGUUAAAGCCCCCCUUCUGCUUCAGAAGUUCCCAAGUAUCCAACAACUAAGUAAUGCUUCUGUCCGAGAACUGGAGCCAGUCGUGGGACAAGCAGCAGCACAGCACAUUCAAGCCUUCUUCACACAGCCCAGCUGACGACUUUUCUCACAGCUUGGACCGCAAGCUACUGGAUCGUGUUCAGUUUUCAUAUUUAAAAUUGGAGAACAAAGACCUUCCUUUCACAGCAUGUAAUGAGUGACUGGGGUGAGGCAUGCACGGAAGCUGCCAAUUACCCUGUCUUGCUCUCUGGGUAUGGGCAUUUUCGUUGGUGGGCUCCAGAUAGCACGGCCCUUGUGCUGCUAGUGGAAGAGGAGGCGUGGAGGGCACACCUGGUCGGCUCUACUGAGCAUGUGACUCUUGAUCUUGGGGUUGUGAUCCCCACUUUGGGGGUACCAAUUACUUAAAAAAAAACCCAAUC